UAGUAUUUUCGUUCUUCUUCCCGUACGCCAGUAACCCUAUCUAUAAGUUUACGGGGGACAUCAAGAACCUAGAAGUUAACUUGAAAGAACUCAUCCUGGAUUCUUCCAGCAAUAAGUGUCCAAUUUUGCUCGGCUCCCACUUCUCAGGCCCUACGUAUUGUUUGUAUGAGCAUUGCUUGUAUUAUACUAUUAACCCGCUGACGUGUUCGCAAUCCAUUUGAUCAUCCUAAGCUUCCUUGACGUUUUCCUUAGUGUUAGUGGAGAUGAAGUGAUAUAUCAAGAUUCCUACCAUCGAGACGAUGCCAAACGAGAGAACGAUUGUGUUCAAUUGACCAUCUGUAAUCAUUUCUGUUGCGCUGAAUGUGUUGGAAGAAAUUGAUAAUUUUGUGCGCGACUUCGCAGUUAGGCAUUUCUGGCGAUGAUACAUGACUCCAAUAGAACGGUUUCUUUAUGAAGCACUCAUACGGUCACCGGGAUUCAACCGAUUUGUGCAACUGGUGUAUAACCGUGUGAACAAGAUCACAAUACACCGGACAGUGACGGACUACCGCCCGACCAUGGGCCAUAAAAUAAAUGCGUUCCGCAUCAUUUGGAUCAAUGAGGUCAAGGACUUAUUUCGGUUCAGACAUUGAAAUGCCGAAUUAAUGAUGGUUAUCUUCAUUAAAUAUAUAUUAUUGGGUGAACACUCCAUAUAUGGU